AUGACGUUCCUUCAUUUUCUAAAUUGUAUAGCACUGUCAUAUGCACCAUAUUUUAUCGCAUACAAGUAUUCGGGUUUAUCAGAAUAUUGCUCCAUAUGGAAAUGCGCACACGCUGCUCUGGCGUAUUUUUUGACGCAGCUAUGCAAAAUGCUUGUCCUUGCAACGUUCUUUCCAGCCAGUGAUAUUAAUGGAUUUGAUUUGAUCCCAGAAUUAAUGAAAGCAAGCGCGGAUAUUUUCGAUGUAAUGGGUUUGCACGCCGUAAUCUUUUAUCUGAUGGCAGGUAAAAGUGAGAUCCGAUUCUUGGCUGUUGGUUUAGGCUGGGCUUUUGCUCAUAGUGUAGCUAGUCGCCUCGUUGGUUUUUGGGUUGGUGCCAGAGCAACAGCAUUUCAUUGGAAGUACAUUCAGAUGGCCCUAAAUUCCAAUAUUGAUCUAAUUUUUUAUGUUGCAAUGGCAGCAUUAGUAUGGUUAUUCACUCGAAAUGAUCUCCGAUCAGGAAUGAGACGAAUAGUUGCUUUGCUGAUUGCACUUUGUGUUUUUCAUGAAUUUAUUGAGCAAGCGGGUGUUGUAUAUUUGGAUCUUCGAUCUUGGACCUUGCUUGGAGCAAAGGCCGCAUUAACUACGGGACUUGCCAUAGGAACACUGAUUGCAUAUUCAUCACUUGGAACGCAUUUCACACAGUACCGCAGUUAA